AGCUGUUAAAUUUAUUCAGUUAUGUUUCUUCGACGAAUCUAACUAGCAGUCAAUCGUGCCUGAAUGUCGAAAUAACAUUGGCAUAUUUGCAUCCUUCACUUAGACAUCAAUUGAGUUGUUAAACUGAGUUUAUUCAACAAUUUGUAAUAACAAUGCCUCAUUGACUAUCGUUAAGUUAUUUACUUUGAACAUAUAAAAGGAUGUAUUCCUGUUAACACGCAAGCAGUAUUCUAUUGUUUUUGCAGCCGUAGUGCACCCAUAUGAAACUUAUUCUGGCACGAUGAGGUAUCUGCUACUGAUAAUGGUUCUACUGGUAUACCUCACGGUUCAGAACAAUGCCAUUGAGACUUCAACGUAUACCACGAAGUAUGACGGCAUAGAUCUGGACGAGGUUAUAUCCAACGACCGCCUGCUAACCGGCUAUAUCAAGUGUCUUCUAGAAGAAGGGCCUUGUACCGCUGAUGGCAAAGAAUUGAAAGAAAAUCUCCCUGAUGCUAUUGAAAAUAAUUGCAAAAGGUGCAGUCAGAGGCAACGCGAGGGCGCCAAUAAGGUCAUGCAUUACAUCAUCGACCAUAGACCAGAUGACUGGGUCACUCUUGAGAAAAAGUACGACCCGGAGGGCAAUUACAAAACAAAGUAUCUAGCAAGCAAAGAGUCGGAAGGUAAACAAGCAGAUGCCGCGAAAUCUGAAGAGGAUGCUAAGAAUGCAUCGAGGGAAUAAAUAACACAGGAAUGAACAACAAACAAUCGAUGUUUACACGAAAAUGAAAAUAAAUAUUUACUAUGGAAGCCGUUAAGCCUGGUGUUGUUUUUAAUGUGAGAAAUAAAACAAACAAUUUUACU